AAGGCUACUUUACAAGCUGUGAUGAUCUUAUCCAAUAUGCUUAAACGCAUGCCUUCAGUUACAGGCUGCUCUUUUGAGCUCUAUGAAAAAAAAAUAGAUGAUAGUCAAUGGUGUUUAACAGUAAAAAAUGCAAAUUAUAAUCAUAAAGCAUCAGAAAACAUUUCAGGCCAUCCAUUUAGUCAUCAGUUGAAUGAAGAAGAUUAA